AUGGCUAGUCGUACACUCAACCUCUUAAAUGCUUUCUCUUCCUAUGCUCUAUAUCAACUCAAACCCGAGAUAUGCCUUAACCCAUUGUGCCAGUUUGUUUUGCUUUACUACUGCUACUACUCAUUUUUUUCUGUCUCAUUGUUCAAUAAUAUUUCAAUGGAGUUGGGAAGUAUUCUCCAGUUUCUUGAAAAUAAAAGCAUUAUAGUCACUGGUGCAACUGGGUUUUUAGCCAAGAUUUUUCUGGAAAAAGUUUUGAGGGUUCAACAUAAUGUGAAGAAGUUAUAUCUUCUCUUGAGAGCUGCAGAUGCUAAGGCAGCCACCCAUCGUUUCCAUAAUGAGGUGCUGGCCAAGGACUUGUUUAAGGUUCUAAAGGAAAAAUGCGGAACAAAUCUAAAUUCAAUUAUUUCAGAGAAGAUCACUCUAGUCGGUGGAGACAUUUCUAUGGAGGACUUAGGAUUAAAGGACUCUAAUUUAAGGGAAGAGAUGCUGAAUGAAUUAGACGUCGUCAUAAAUUUAGCUGCGACAACUAACUUUGAUGAAAGAUAUGAUGUUGCACUUGGUAUCAACACAUUGGGAGCUAAGAACGUCUUGAACUUUGCAAAGAAAUGUCAUAAGCUAAAGGUUUUUGUUCAUGUAUCCACUGCUUAUGUAAGCGGGGAAACUCCAGGACUGAUAACAGAGAAGUUUUAUAGCAUGGGCGAGACACUUAACGGUGCAUUGGGAUUAGACAUUGACGUGGAGAAGAAAGUGGUUGAACAAGAACUAAAUGAACUCCAAGCCGAGGGAGCAACAGAGGAUGAAAUUAAAUUGGCCAUGAAAGAUUUGGGACUUAAAAGAGCAAAGAUGUACGGAUGGCCGAACACAUACGUAUUCACCAAGGCAAUGGGAGAGAUGCUUGUAGAUGACUCGAAAGGAAAUCUGUCGGUAGUCACCAUUCGCCCCGCCAUCGUAACCAGUACUUUCAAAGAACCAUUCCCGGGCUGGGCUGAAGGUAUAAGAACAAUUGAUAGCCUAGCUGUUGGCUAUGGUAAAGGGAGAUUAAAUUGUUUUCUGGGAGACCUCAACGCAAUUGUUGAUGCGAUACCGGCUGAUAUGGUGGUGAAUGCCAUAAUUGUAGCUAUGGCGGCUCAUGGAAAUAAACAAACUGGCAAUGUCAUUUACCAAGUGGGUUCCUCCUUAAGAAACCCUCUGAGAUACCGAAAUCUUCAGGAUUACGGCUACCGUUAUUUUACGAAGAAACCAUGGAUUAAUAAAGAUGGAAAGCCAGUCAAAGUUGGCAAGGUUAACGUCAUGAACAGCAUGGCCAGCUUUCACAGAUACAUGGCCAUUCAUUACAUUCUACCACUCAAGGGGCUAGAAUUGGUAAAUACAGCCUUCUGCCAGUACUUUAAGGGUAUGCAUAAUGAGCUCGAUCGGAAGAUCAAAUUUGUGAUGAGAUUGGCGGAACUUUACCGGCCAUACCUGUUCUUCAAUGGCAUAUUCGACGAUAAAAACACUGUGAAGUUGCUUACAGCAGCCAGAGAUGCUAGUUCGGUAGAGACAGACAUAUUUUAUUUUGAUUCCAAAUGCAUAGAUUGGGACGAUUACUUCAUGAAUACUCAUAUUCCUGGAAUUGUGAAAUAUGUAUUCAAAUGAAAGCCAAAAGUAAUACAGAACUGGCGAUGGCACCUCAGAAUGUUCAGGUGGCCUCUAUCAAAAUGUAUCCCAUCUAUUAUUAUCUAUACUUUUUUUUUCUUAUAGUUACAUUAAUUAUGAUCAACCCUUGUUGGGAUUAAUGUCCCCAUGUUUGUGAGGGUCAAAUUGAAAAGAAGUAUUUAUAUAUUCUUCCAUUUGCUGUUA